AUGGGCAAGGUUCACGGAUCCCUCGCCCGUGCCGGCAAGGUCAAGUCUCAGACCCCCAAGGUCGAGAAGCAGGAGAAGAAGAAGGUCCCCAAGGGCCGCGCGAAGAAGAGACUCACGUACACUCGCCGUUUCGUGAACGUCCAGCUCACUGGUGGCAAGCGCAAGAUGAACCCCAACCCCGGUGCCGCUUAA